AAAAAAGUCAUUUUAGAUGUUUGUAAUCUUUCAUAUAGGACCCAAAGCAUGAGGGCCUAUUGUGUAGACUGAACUUAUUGGUGGGGAGAGGGAUUGUUGGCACUGCUUCGCACAUCUGCCAUUGUCUCUAAACGGUACCCAUCGAACCACGAGGAGCAGAUCGUUUAACUACUAGGUAGGUUCUGCAUCCUCCGUAUGCCUAAUAUUCGCCGAUAGGGAAAAGAGAAGUCCUACAAGUCUGCGGUCCACGUAGGUGGAGUCGAUAAAUGGCGGAAACCCCAUCAGAUGUGGCCGGAAAGGCACGCACCAUGAUGUUCGAGUCCAUCAGCGGUCGAGGUCCUUACGGCGAGCCUCAUCUUCUCGGAAUAGACAAUGAGCAGAGACCCUUCUACGCAAUGUCACGCUGCAUCCUCGCCGAAACUCUUAUCAAGGAUAUCCCAAAGACAGUCCACCGUAUUUUCGUCUACAACGACGUCGAUGCCGCUGAUUGGAAUGAACUUCCCCCAGUCAGAAGACCCAUGUGGUCGUCUGGAAUCCAGAACCUUUUCUUCCCCCACAACAGUCCAGAUGCGUAUGCCUGGAACCAUCACCACGCCGUCAUUGGCAUGGGUAUACCUCUGAGACACCAGCGCUCUUAUACCGGAGUUCAAGUUCGAAUGGGCUCUGGAGGGCCUAUUGGAGAGUGGCACCCCGAAGUUCCCUUCGGCAGCGCAACAUGCAUUAAACUUACCUUCGCAAUCGAUCACGAGGACGAUAAUGACAUGAUGAUGAUGAUCUCGGGCGUGGAGAAUGUGGUCCCUGAACGACCUAUCCCGCCGCUGGAUUGGCAUGAUUCCGUCCGCGUUGAUAUCGCGCAGGAAGGGCAUCCACACAUAAUCUCGCUCAACAUGCGCUUCGUUGAGUCGCAACAUCUAGACCCUGAUGUUCCUCAAAUGACUCGUGCUGCGGUCUUCAGCAUCAAAGAAAUUGCUUUGCUGGAUACUAAGAACACAACGAUUAAUGGGAGAAGAGUGCACAACUAUCACUAUCACGUCAAACUGAAGCACUAUCAGGGUUGCGACUCAGAGGAGAAGAGCUGAAAGGAUCAUACAGCUACGAUUAGAGUUGAAUCACGGCUGCUAGAUAUAAUUGUGUCAUGUAUGACAGAGUCCUAGACGAAUAACGAGUGACCCGUUG